AAAAAGAUUGGAUUUAAAAAAAAAUUGUAUAUAUUUAUAAGAAGGUAUGUAGAGUGCGUGACAGCUAUGCUGUGGAUGAAAAGCAAGAAAAAAAAAAGAGAGCAAUAAUGAGUAUUAUUAGUGUUGACGAAGACGAAGACGAAGACGAAGACGAAGACGAAGUGAGUGAAUGAGUAAGAUUAUCCUCUGCGUUUCCUUCUUCAUCUCCAUAUUCAUUCUUCUCUCUCAAAGUGCAAAACUCUUCUAUCUUCUGUUGCAUCUCUUGCUGGAAUCUUCUAUAGUUGUCAACCACAGUAUUUGAAAGAAGAGGAGAGAAUUUGGUUGUGGUUGUGGAAGCAGCUGAAGAUGAUGAGGUUUAAUGGCGGCUAUAGGUGGCCAUGAGGUUCGUAGGGAAGGAAGAUCAUGGUGGAGCAGACUCAAUGGUAGGACGAUAACACCUUUCUUCUUCAAAACAAUGGUUUUAAUCUUCCAUCAUUUCUCACCGCUCAAGCAACUCAAACACUACUCAACAUUUGGAUCAUAAACAUAUCAAUAUCGACAAAUAUAUAAUUCAGAUAUAAAGAGCAGACUUUGAAAUCACCCAUUAUUUUACAUUACAUAUAGCGUCAACAUUCUAAACAAAGAGGUUAUUUAAGUUGAAUCCAGUGAAGUGAAUAGAUGGACAUUCUAUAUGGAUUUUUAUCUGGAGUUUUAAAAGACGUAGCAUGUGGGGCUACUAAUCAAUUACAAUACUCCUUUUGCUUUAAUAGUUUUGUUAAAGAGCUCGAAAAAGAAGAAGACAACUUGAUCGAAAUGAUAAGGAGUGUAGAAGAUCGUGUCAUACAUGCACGAAGACAAACCUUAAAGACUACUGAAGUUAUUGAUAAAUGGUUGGAGAAUGCAAACAUUGAUUCAGAAUAUGUGAAUCGUUUGCUCAGAGAGACAAAUGCCAAAAAGAGUUGUUUUUUUGAAUUCUGUCCAAAUUGGAUUUGGCGAUACCGUUUAGGAAAAAAGUUGGCAAUUAAAAAAGCAGACCUUCAAAAGAUCAUUCAAGACGGUAGACAAUAUAUACAACUUCAACGCAUUGCAUCAAUUCCUUCUAACACUUUUGAUAUUCUCACAGAAAAAUCUAUGAAUUUUGAUAGUAGAAAAUUUGCUUUUGAUCAACUAAUGGAAGCUGUGAAAGAUGAUGGAGUUGCCAUGAUUGGAUUGUAUGGGAUGGGGGGUUGUGGUAAAACCACAUUAGCAAUGGAAGUUAAAAAGAUAGCAGAAGUUGAGCAUCUUUUUGACAGAGUUAUUUUCGUGCCUGUGUCUAGUACAGUAGAAGUUCCAAGGAUUCAAGAAAAAAUUGCAAGUUCAUUGCAUUAUACAUUUCCAGAAAAUCAAGAAAUGGAAAGAUCCCAACGCUUGUGCAUGAGACUAACGCAGGAAAAAAAAAUUCUUAUGAUUCUAGAUGAUGUGUGGGAAAAACUUGACUUUGGUCGCAUAGGGAUUUCCUCCUCUGAAUACCAUAAAGGCUGCAAGAUUCUCAUUACCACUAGAUCCGAAGAUGUUUGUAUUUUAAUGGAUUGUCAAAAAAAGAUUUAUCUACCAAUCUUAACUGAUGAAGAAGCGUGGACUCUUUUCCAAAACAAAGCACUUAUGUCUAAAGACACUCCUGAAAACAUGCAGCAUUUGGCAAUAUCAAUUUCAAAAGAAUGUAAAGGAUUGCCUGUUGCCAUUGUAGCCGUUGCUAGUAGUUUGAAGGGAAAAAAAGAGGCGAUAUGGCAUUCUGCGUUGAAUAAAUUGAGAAGUUCUAAGCCGAUCAAUAUUAGUAGGGGUUUGCAAGAUCCCUAUAUGUGUUUAAAGUUGAGCUACGAUAAUCUAGAUACUGAUGAAGCUAAAUCACUUUUCUUGCUAUGUUCUGUAUUUCCCGAAGAUUAUGAGAUUUCAGUGGAAUGUUUAAUAAGAUGUGCAAUAGGGUUAGGUGUGGCUGGAGAAGUUGACAUAUAUGAAGAGGCAAGGACUGAAGUGACUGCAGCCAAAAUUAAGCUUGUAAGUUCUUGUUUAAUGUUGGAGGCGGGUGAUGAACGUGUCAAAAUGCAUGAUUUGGUUCGUGAUGUAGCCCAUUGGAUAGCAAAGAAUGAAAAUAAGAUCAUCAAGUGUGAAUUGGAAAAGGAUGUAAGUUUGGAGGAAGGUUCAAUAAGAUAUCUAUGGUGUGUGAAAUUUCCAGAUGGUAUGGAUUGUUCCAAUCUUGAGUUUUUAAGUAUACAAACAAAAUUGGAAGUAUCCGAUGGAAUUUUUGAAAGAAUGGGAAAACUUAGAGUUUUGAUUAUUACCAAUAAAAAUGGCUAUAGGUUGCAAUUGUCAACAACGUCUUUCAAAUCAUUAACAAAUCUUCGUUGUUUAGUCCUUCAAUACUUUGCAUUGAGAGACAUUUCAUUUGUGAGAGAUUUGAAGAAACUGCAAAGUCUUUCGUUUCAUCGUUGUUCAUGCUCUUCAUUCCUUGACUUGCAAACUGAUGUUGCAGUUACAACACUUACAAACUUGAAGUUGUUAGAGUUUAUAAGUUGUGACAUUGAAAGCAAUAUUUUUGAAGAGAUCAAAAGAAUCCCAUUUCUAGAAGAAUUAUACAUUCUUGAAAAUGGUCAGAGAUACAACAACGAAGAAAACGUUAAAUUCUUUAACUCGUUUAGUGUCCCUCAUACACUACAAAGGUUUGGAAUUAUAUUAGGAUAUGAUAUAUGGCAAUUAGAGUUUUGCUCUUAUGAGAGAACUUUAAGAAUUAAUUAUUUUGACAUAUCAAAUGAGGUUAUUAAGGGUUUGGCCGGAAAAGCAAGAGAGCUAUAUGUAGGAAAUAUUGAGGGAGGUGCAAAAAAUAUGAUGCCUGAUAUAUUUGAAAUUGAAGAAGGUAUGAAUGAGUUGAAAGAACUGAGGAUACGUGAUUGUGAAGAAAUAGUGUGUUUGGUUGACACUAGCAAUCAUUUGAGUAAGAUGGGAAAUAUUUUCUCCAAGUUACGUUUGAUGAGGAUCAUGAGCAUGAAUAAUCUAAAAACUUUAUGGCAUGGUUGUCUACCUGCCAAUGGGUGUUUUGAGAAAUUAGAGAACAUGUAUAUAGAAGAUUGCCAUCAAUUAACAUGUCUCUUCACGAAUAUCAUUGUUCCAACGAAUGACAAAACAAAGAAAAGUGAAGAUCAAUUCAGAAAUGGGCAUUCGAUGCAAUCCAAAAUUUUCCAGAAUCUUCAAGAAGUGAGGAUAUAUCAUUGUAGAGAAUUAAAACAUGUAUUCUCAACCAGUAUUUCAGGAGACCUAUCUCAAUUGAAAAUGCUUGAGAUUAAAUAUUGCCAUAUGUUAGAACAAAUAAUUGAGGAAGUUCUUCCACCACCAGCACACCAUGAAGAAACAAAUGAAAUUGUAGAGGAAGAUGUGCAGAGUAGCUCAGGAUCGUUUUUUCUGUCUAGCCUUGCACUUCUUAAGAUAUCUUCAUGUUCAAUGUUGGAGUCAUUGUUUACAAUAUCUGUAGCUAAAACCUUGACUUCAUUGGAAAAAUUGAAAAUAUCUAACUGUCAUGGUUUGAAGCAUAUAGUACCUCCUGCAAGAGUGAAAAGAAAUAAAAACAUGGUUGAAGAUGAACAUGAAUUUGAAAAUGAUCUUUCAAUGUUCUCAAAUUUGAAAAGUAUAUUUAUUCGGGAGUGUGUCUCGUUGCAAGAUAUAUUCGCAACACCUGUCAACGAGUGUUUUGAAAAAUUAGAGAAGGUAUAUAUAGACAAUUGUCCACAAUUAACAUAUCUCUUCACGUAUGUUGCUCAAGGAUUGACGGAGUUGAAAAUAUUACACAUAUACAAUUGUGACAUAUUGAAGCAUAUAAUAACAUAUGAUGACAAAACAAAAAAAAGUGAAGAUCAAUUUACAAGUAGACAUUCCGUGCAAUCUAGAAUUUUCCAAAAUCUUGAAGAAGUGAUGUUAGAUGAAUGCGGAGAAUUAAAACAUGUAUUCUCAGCCAAUAUCAUAGGAGGCCUACCUCAAUUGAAAAAGCUUGAGAUUGAAAAUUGCAAUAUGCUACAACAAAUAAUUGUUGAGGAAGAUGAGUGUCAGCAUUUUGAAUCUAACCAAGUCAAAGUUUCUCCUGAAAGCAUUUCAAUUCCAUCAGUAUCUACUGUGAACAAUAUCUCAGGAUCGUUUUCUCUGUCUAGCCUUGCACUUCUUAGUAUAAAGUAUUGUCUAAUGUUGGACUCAUUAUUUACUACAUCUGUAGCUAAGACCUUAACUUCAUUGGAAGAAUUGGAUAUAUCUAACUGUGAUGGUUUGAAGCAUAUAGUAAGUCCUGAAAGAGUGAAAAGAAAUAAAAACAUGGUUGAAGAUGAGCAUGAGUUUGAAAGUAAUCUUUCAAUGUUCUCAAGUUUGAAAUGGGUAAAAAUUUCGAGAUGUGACUCAUUGCAAGAUAUAUUCAUAAUGCCUUUUGUUGGGGGCACAGUGAAUAUUCAGAACCAUUUUUCCACUCAGCAAACUCUACGCAUGAGCAAUGCCAACAAUGGAGAUUGGAUGAUGGGACAACAAGUCAGUUUAAAGUUAGAAUUUUUAAAGUUGAGUUAUCUACAUGAAAUGACUCAUAUUUGGGUGGCUACCAACAACUCAUUUACCCUUCAACAUCUCAACUCAUUAAUAAUAGAAGAAUGUGAAAAAUUGGAAGUAAUAUUUCCUCAGUCUAUGUUGAGAUCCCUACCAGAGUUAAAUUAUCUACAAGUAAGUGAAUGCAAGGAAUUAAGACAGAUUAUUGAAGAGGAUUUGGAGGAUAAAAGCCUUUUUGCACAGCCAUGCUUCCCGAAACUAGACUCAUUGGUUAUUGAACGAUGCCAUAAGUUGAAAUGUUUCACCUCUGUAAUUGCAUCCAAUGCUCUUUCCAACUUGAGGAUUCUAAUCAUAAAGGAAGCCACUGAACUACAAGAGUUUAUUGCAUGCGAAUACGAUGAGACAGUAAAGACCAAAGUUGAACUUCCACAACUUAAACUUAUAAUAUUUAUGGAUCUUUCAAAUUUUCAGCAAGAGAGUAUAUUUUCAAAUGUGAAGCAUCGCAUUAUCCGCAAUUGUCCAAAACUCUCUUUGACUUCAACAAUUACUCCUCAGGAGCUCCAACAAAAUUAUCCUUUGGAAGGUUUGGGAAUGUCUGAAACAAUUCGUUUGGAGAUUUCGUCACUGAUGUAUGAAAUAAAGAAAUUAGAUGAAGUUUCUACAAACAACAAUUCUACUGAGUUGCCUUCUUCACAGAUCAAUGAAAAAUUAGAUAAGAAUGUCACUGAGAAAGAUUAUGGUUCAAAGGAAGUGGCUCCUGCAACGACUGCUUCAUACUUCACAGACCAACAAAGUCCACUUGGACAAACUCAAAGUACCAUCAAAAUGUCUCAGCAGGAUUGGGAUCCUACGCCAAAAAACACUUCUCCCCUCCAAAUGAACCGCGAAGAUCAAUCUACAUCUCAAAUUAAACCAUUUUCUUCACAAGUCAAUGAUAACAAUCAAUCUAUGUUGGAGAGCAGAGUUGAAAUGGUAGGUCAACAUAACAAAAUUGAAACCAAAACACAAGCACCGGAAAUAGAAGAGUUCCAAAAAAUAGACAGAAAAAAUGAAAUGGCAUCAGACCCACAAGCUAUGGAUCAAAACUUUCCAGUCAUUUCUUCUCCAAACAUGACUCAGCGUACUGAUGAAAUAGAGACAGACAACUUGGGAAAAACUACGACAUCAGAUAAACCUGCAAUACCAACUUUUGUUUCAGAGAAUAUUGAGGAAAUAGGAAGAGAAAGAAGGAGAGGUGGGCCUGCAAUAGAGGGAGUUACAAUUAAAACCUUGCCAAUUGGUGGAGAUAACAUUAGCUUGGUUAGUGGUGUUACAAUUCACAACUCAAGUGGUGCAAAUAUACUUUCACAAGAUUCCCAGAUUGUUAAACAAGAUAAUGAGUUGAAUGAAGACAAGACAGAAAUAGCACCACAUACAAAUAUCAAAAUCCAAGAACGGGUGAACUUGUUGGAUAAAACAGAGGGAGUAAGGAUUGUUUCCAAUAAUGACGUUGUGGUUACUUCAGCUUCUACAGAUACUCGUACAAGAUUGGAAAAGUAUAAGCAGUUUGUUGAUCUCAAUGAUUCACAAAUUUCUCUGCUAGUGGAGGCGAUAGAAGCAUAUCCUCAUCUUUGGAAUGCGUGUGAGAAGUUCACUGAUCGCUUUCGAGCUUGGAUGUUGAAAACAUUGGUAGAUAUGUUGUUGUUCCUUCGAAGUGAAAGUGUUGGUAGUAUUAAUCCUCAUAGAGAAAAGGAAUUCCUUAAACUAUGUGAUGAAGCUGUUCAACUUGGAUUUGAGAGGUCUUGGGUUGAUCAAAUGCGUCAACGUGUUUUGGGAAGGGAUCCUAAGUUGGACCAUGCAAAGGUGCGAAUCAAUGAGCUUCUUAAGAGACAUGAUCAUUUAACUUGGGAACUAGACAACAUAAAGAAAGAACUUAGGAGUCUUAAUGACUUUCUUAAUGCCCAAGCAAAAUGUUUUGACUUUCUGUGAUUUGAGAUUUCAAGCCAAAACACUUUGGUUUUAUCUGUUUUAUGUUACUCCUUUGAAUUAGAUUUGGCAUUAUAUGCAAUUCUUUUAAGAAUGAGUGUUAUAGUUUCAGAAUUUACUUUUAUUUUC